AUGUCACAACGUAGUCAGCAUGCUAUCGGACGGACAUCGGGGACACGUAUUCCGAGCGAUAAAGAUCGUCGAAGACAAAUUUCAAUUCGUGGCAUUCCACUAUUAGAAAAUGUAGCUGCUGUAAAGAAAACAUUCAAUCGUCAUCUUCAUUUUACAAUUGUUAAAGAUCGAAAUGUAGCAACUAAUAGAGAUUAUUUUUAUUCAUUAGCCUAUACUGUUCGUGAUCAUUUAGUUGGAAGAUGGAUUCGUACCCAACAGUACUAUUACGAAAAAGAUCCAAAACGCAUAUAUUAUUUAUCGAUGGAAUAUUACAUGGGAAGAAGUUUAUCAAAUACAAUGACUAAUUUAGGAAUUGAAUCAGAAAUUGAUGAAGCUUUAUAUGAACUUGGAUUGGACAUUGAAGAUUUGGAAGAAUUAGAAGAAGAUGCUGGACUUGGAAAUGGUGGAUUAGGUCGUUUAGCUGCUUGUUUUCUUGAUUCAAUGGCUACGUUAGGAUUAGCGAGCUACGGAUACGGUUUGAGAUAUGACUAUGACGAUUGGUUGAGAUAUGGCAAUCCAUGGGAAAUCGCACGUCCUGAAUACAUCAUUCCAGUUAAUUUUUAUGGACAUGUCAUCGAAGAAAAUGACAAAAAACGUUGGCUUGAUACACACGUGAUUUAUGCUGUUCCAUACGAUAGUCCAAUUGCUGGAUUUAACAAUAAUGUUGUUAAUACUCUUCGUCUUUGGUCAGCAAGAGCACCCGGAAAAUUUAAUUUUCAAUUUUUCAAUGAUGGUGAUUAUAUCAAUAGUGUUGCUGAACAAUCAUUGGCAGAAAAUAUAACAAGAGUUUUAUAUCCUAACGAUAAUUUUCAAGGUGGCAAAGAAUUAAGAUUAAAACAAGAAUAUUUUCUAGUUGCGGCUACACUUCAAGAUAUUAUUCGUCGAUUCAAACACUCCAAAUUUGGUGCAAAAGAUCCUACACGUAAUGAUUUUUCAUCCUUUCCAGACAAAGCGGCAAUACAAUUGAAUGAUACUCAUCCAGCGCUUGCUAUUCCAGAAUUAAUGCGUCUAUUAGUUGAUAUUGAACAAAUGAGUUUUGAUGAAGCUUGGGAAAUUACUUGUAGAACAUUUGCCUACACAAAUCAUACAUUAAUGCCCGAAGCAUUGGAACGAUGGCCUGUCGGGUUGCUUGAACAUGUUUUACCACGACAUUUACAAAUUAUUUAUCAAAUUAAUUAUUAUCAUUUACAGGAUGUUAAACGACAAUUUCCAAAUGAUAGUGAUAAAUUGAGAUUAUUAUCUAUUGUCGAAGAAACCGGUGAAAAACGAAUAAAUAUGGGCUAUUUAUCCAUUGUUGGAUCACACACAGUAAAUGGUGUGGCUAAAAUUCAUUCAGAUUUAUUAAAAAGUCAAUUAUUUAAAUCAUUUUAUGAAAUGUGUCCAGAAAAAUUUCAAAAUAAGACAAAUGGAAUAACUCCGAGACGUUGGUUGGUGCUAAGUAAUCCAAAUCUGGCUGAUAAAAUUACUGAAGGUUUUAUAACAGAAUUGGAAGAAUUACAAGGAUUGAAAAAGUUCUUAAAUGAUGAAUCAUUUGUGCGUGAUAUCCAUCGUGUAAAACAAGAGAAUAAAAUGCAGUUGGCUGGAAUAAUAAAAAAUGAGUAUGGCAUUAAAGUGAAUCCAUCAUCAAUGUUCGAUAUACAAGUAAAGCGAAUGCAUGAAUAUAAACGACAGUUAUUGAACAUUUUACACAUCAUUACAUUAUAUAAUCGUAUUAAAAAUAAUUCAAAUAGUCAAAUUACGCCACGUGUAGUUAUGAUAGGUGGAAAAGCUGCUCCUGGAUAUAAAAUUGCAAAAAAAAUAAUUAAACUUAUAAAUAAUGUUGCUAAAGUGAUAAAUAAUGAUACGGAUAUUGGUGAUCGUUUAAAAGUGGUAUUUUUAGAAAAUUAUCGUGUUAGUUUAGCUGAAAAAAUUAUGCCAGCUUGUGAUUUAUCCGAACAGAUAAGUCUUGCUGGAAUGGAAGCGUCAGGCACAGGCAAUAUGAAAUUUAUGUUGAACGGAGCAUUAACAAUUGGUACAUUGGAUGGUGCUAAUGUCGAAAUGGCAGAAGAAGUUGGUAAAGAAAAUAUUUUUAUUUUUGGCAUGACAGUUGAAGAAGUUGCUGAAUUAAGAGAAAAGGGAUAUAAUUCGAGAAAAUAUUAUGAAAAUAAUCAAGAAUUAAAAGCUGUCAUUGAUCAAAUUCAAAAUGGUACAUUUUCACCUGAACAACAUGAUCUAUUUCAUGACAUUGUAUCAAGUCUAUUAGAUGAUGAUCAUUAUAUGUUAUUAGCUGAUUAUGAGAGUUAUAUUAAAACACAAGACGCUGUUGGUGAAUUGUUUAAAUAUCAAGCACAAUGGACACAAAAAUGUAUUUUAAAUAUUGCAUCAUCAGGAAAAUUUUCUAGCGAUAGAACAAUAGCCGAAUAUGCUCGCGAUAUUUGGAAUGUACAACCAAGUAAAGAAAAAUUACCAGCUCCCUCAGAAGGUCGGCCAGGAAAACCAGACGAAGGUGAAUUAAAAAUAGAACCAAGAGAAAAACGAAAAAUAUCCGAAUCUCAUAGUUAA